UUAUGCGGGGAACUCCUCAUGAACCACGUGGUAAUGUCGGAUUUACCGACUAAAACCCCAUGGUGGUCAUACCAAGCGCGUUGCAAAGGGGGCCCUGGAAAAUAUAAAAUUAACCUAAAUAUAAGUUAAUUAUACAUAUUAGUAAUUUAGAAUUAACACUAUCUUUUUCAGUAUUACAAUUUGAAGUCAUUUACCUGCAUGCAGUAUAUAUAUGCAGUAUAGCUUGAUUCGAUUUAAUUAUUAUUUUGAGCAAUGAGACACAUAAUAAUAAUGCACUAGAAUUCAAAGACAGGUACGUUUGAAGCGCAUUUAGAUUGGGAAUUACACAGUUAAAAGUGGUCGUUUUAAUAGUAGUAGGAACAAUUUUUCCUCUUUAAGUAACAGAUAGAUCUGCGCGUGAAUUGUUAGAAUUUCUGUAAACUAAUUCCUUAAGAGGUGGUAUCGAACUUAUGAUUGAUAGUAUGUGUAAUACUGUUAAAACCAAUAGGUUGAGAAACAUUCAAGAUGUAUUCAUUUAUUUAAACUUCUAACGCGUAACAAAUUCGGAGAAAUGUAAACAUAAAAAUAAAAAAUCUCAUAAUUCAAAUUACGAAAAAAUUUACGAAUCAAUUUUUAUUUAAAUAUAUUUGUUUUAUUAAUUUUUCAAUUUCUUUGCGAUUAUCGGAUUGCCGUUAUUAUAUUUUAACUCGAACAAAAGUUCAUUAUUUAUUCUAUGUUUAAAAUACGUUGAAGAAUGUCCUAAAUAUUAAAAAUUGCGUUGCUGUUGAGGAUCAGUCUUCUAUGUUUUCAAAGAUUUUGAGAAUGCAUUUUUUCCGCUCUUUUAUCUCUCACUAAAACACGACCGCCUCAAAGAGUUAAAAGGUGACGCGCAAAUAGACAUCCCUGUUCUAUAUUUAAGAGAAAACAAUAUAAGCUGUGGUAAUUUCUACCAUUUUUAAUUUAAUGUUACUACCAUUUCAUUUCAUUAAAAAAUUGAUUGAUAGAAACGAUAUAUGAUAUCGUUUUGAAUACUCCCCACGAUCGAUUAAAAUCGAUGUUUUAGUUUUCUCGAUACGAUAUUUAUUUUAACGAUUACAUACUUUCGAUAAAAAAUUAAGAACGUUAAUACGAUUGUUUUCGCACUUUGAAUGAAAUAAAAUUUUAAUCAAAAGUUCAAACAAUCUAUUGUAGAAUAUAGAAAUCCAAUCAAUUUAUAUAUAUUAUGUUAUUAAUUAAUGGAUAGUUUUUUAAAGACGAAAAAAAUAAAAAAGUUUUAAAUUAAUACCCCAUAAUACAUAUAAUUAUUGAAUUUAAAAGGUGUUCGUCCGCUGAUUUGAGCGGAAAGAAAGAAACAAUAAGGUCUAUUAGCAAACGUAAAAGAUUGAUUUAACAUUACGUCUCUUUUAGAGCAAAAUCAUUUUCAAGCACAUCAUUGUACAUUACGUAAUAUUUAAUAUAAGAAUAACGUCGCCUAUUACAUAUUAAAUUGAUAAUGAUAACUGUAUCAAUUUUGUGGUUGUUGAAUUCUUUACUUUUCUAUUUUUUUUUUACUAUUUUACUUUUACCUUAAUUUGGUAUGUGUUUGAUUUUGUUAAUUAGUUAAUUUAGUUUAGUUUAUUCCAUUUACAGCGAUGUGAUUCAUUUAUUCUAUUUCGGAUUAAAUGUUUAGAAGUCAGAAGGAAAAGGUUAAUACGUUGAUUACAAACUCCUAUUCAAAUUUUUAAAUUUUCAAACUUAAAUUCAUAUCUUAUCUCAUCUUGAUUCAAAUCUUCAAAUUGUUUUGCUAAGUUUAUGUUGGUAGAGAGAUAUUGGUUAGGUUUUAAUCAUAGACGAUGUACUGCAUAGAUCUAGCAUCUCGUAUAAUUUGAUAUCAUGGAAACCAAAACAUCGACCAUGUAACAAAUUUACAUUUAACAAAUUAUAUAUAUAUUAUUUAUAUUAUAUAUAUAAUUAUAUUUAUAUAGAUAAUCAUAUAUAUGUAUAUAUCCAACCACUGAAAUUGGUAAAAUGAAUAAAUAUCGUUUUAUGUCAUUUAUAUAAAAAAAUAUAUCUUUUCUGUGGUAAAUUAAACUUACUCAGUGUUAGAUCGGUAAUGUUGGAAGUGACAUGAAAAUGGUAACAGUCUGCCUAGCUUUGAAUAAUGUGACGCAAUGUACGUGUUGAGCUGUUGAAUGAUAGAUCUAUCUUAUGCUUCGUCUAUGGUAGUUUAAGUAUCGAGUACAAACGUAGUAUACAAAAGUAGUAUUCGUGAGUGAUUUAUAUCAAAAUACAAUAAUUAUUAUUAUAAAUCAUUAACAAUGCGUAAUAUCGAAAUAAAAGCAAAAAUUGAUGAUCCAGACCUUAAGAUUUGUCGAGUUAUACAAUUAACAAAGCAGAACGGUAUCAUGAGAGUCAUGAAACAGCAUGAUACCUUUUUUAAAGUCAGGGAAGGAAGAUUAAAAUUACGAAAAUUCCAAGAUGAUUCAGGAGAAUUAAUUUACUACAAAAGAUCUACUAAGUUUGGUCCAAAGCUUUGCGAUUAUGAAAAAGUAGCCCUAAACAAAUUUGCUUGUAGUCGUAUCGCAAAUAUUUUAAGUGUAUCAAAUGGUUGUCUAGGCAUUGUAAAAAAGACUAGAAAAGUGUAUAUGAUUGGUCAAACUCGUGUACAUAUUGAUGACGUUGAAGGUUUAGGAACUUUUUUGGAAUUAGAGGUAGUCUUGACUGAUGAACAGGAUAUAGAAACUGGUGAGAAGAUUGCUCAGGACUUAAUGUCUAAAUUAGAUAUAAAACAUGAAGAUUUGAUAGCAAAUUCCUAUAUAGAUCUACUACUUAAUGAAUCUAUUAAUGGAUCUCCUAAUGAAUCUACUAAUGAAUUCAAACAAUUGUAAUAAAGUUAUAUUUUUUAUACAUUAAUGUUAUUGUUAUAUUUUGUAUGAUUAUUAAAAAAAAAUGUAUAACACAAACAAAAUUUAAUUUUCAUUUUACGAAAUAAAGAUGUUACAUUUGUUUUAGUGCCAAUUAAAAUAAUAAUUUUAUUUAAGAAUGUCAUUUUUACGUUUGAACAGUUUUCAAAGAAUUGCUAUAUCAGUUAUAAAUAUUUCAGAGAAUUCUUUUAAAAAUUCAUUAUCGAAUGUAUGGGUGAUUUAUUAGUCGUUGAUUCUGUGUCAGUGUGUUAGUUAAAAAAAAAAGAAAAAAAGAA